AACUUCAAUUAGCUUAGCUAUACUUUUUGGGAAACCCGAAAAAUAAAGACACACCUUCUCAGAAGUAAAAGUCACAUUAUAAGUAACUAAGAGUAUAACUUGGCCCACCUGAAAAAAAAACAGUCGACCACAAAAUUCAGGACUCUUAGCUCAUCAUGUCCGACGAGAGUUCGCAGAGCGGAAGCGGAAGUGAGAACGGGCAGGGGCCGGAGGAGGAUGUGGAGCAGGCCAGGACCAGGAGCUCGUCGGAGGAGCUGCGUAGCAACGAGUGGCUGAGCCUGCACGACUUUCCGCCCGGCAGCGACGACCACUUGCUGUCCAUCUUCUCGCGAUUCUGCUCGAUGACCGCCUACCGCAAGAGGAAGAAGGGCCUGGAGCUGCGCUUCGCCUCCGCGGAGCACCUGCAGCGGGGCGUUCUGAUGGCCAAGCGCCUGGUGGUGGGCCAGCUGCAGAUCCGCUGGCACUUGGGCCGCCUCGAGGACGACCCUGCUGGUCAACCCAAUCCUCGAAAGGGGCGGAACCCGGCGCCAGGCGGACUCAGUGUCUUCAGCAAGUUGCGCAGGGCCUUCUCAAACUACUUUCAGUGAUCACGGUUUCCGUUGCGAUGAGUUCUUCAAGUUUGUUUAUAUUUGCUUGACUUAAAGUACAAAAAAUACAUACAAA